AUCUGAUGUUGGUGUUUUAUUCACUCCAGUCCAGCAGGAGGCGGAAAUGAAGCAGAAGUUGUUUCAUAAACCGACAGAAAACACCAGAAGAAGAUGAAAGAAGAGCUGAUGCUUUGAGCAGUUCGGUGGAUGUGACCGCAGACACCAGUGUAGAUGUGUUUAGUGAUGCUGCUGGACUGCAGGAACCUGAUGAAGAUGGAAGUUGAAAUCAAACUGGAGGAUCAACAGAGUGAUGAUGGUGAAACCACAGCAGAGGAAGAACAGAGCGAUGAUGAUUUUAUUCCUUCAGAGCUGAUGGAUGUGAAAGAGGAAUGUCAAGAGCUGAGUGAAGUGGAGGAGGAACAUCAUGAUUUCAGAACUGGAGAAAAAUCUUUGAGUUGCUCUCAGUGUGGAAAAUGUUUCAAAGAUAAAAGAAAUCUUACGAAGCACAUGAGGAUUCAUACUGGAGUGAAGCCUUACACAUGCCAUCAGUGUGGAAAGAGUUUCUCACGUAAAGAAAAUUUUAUUGUGCACUCAAGAAUUCACACUGGAGAGAAGCCUUACACAUGUCAACAGUGUGGAAAAGGUUUCAGACGUAAAGAUCAUCUUAAAAUGCACAUAAGAGUUCACACAAUAAAGAAGCCUUACACGUGCGAUCAAUGUGGAGAAGUUUUUAAAUGUAAAGAGCAAUUUAUUCUGCACAUAAGAAUUCACAUGAAGUCUUACACAUGCCAACUGUGUGAAAAAGGUUUUGCAUGUAAAGAAAGUCUUGAUCUGCACACAAAAAUUCACACUGGAGAGAGGCCUUUCACAUGCUCGCAAUGUGGAAAAUGUUUCAAAACUAAACGAAACCUUACGAAGCACACAAGGAUUCAUACUGGAGAGAAACCUUACACGUGUCAUCUGUGUGAAAAGAGUUUCAUACGUAAAGAACAUCUUACUGUGCACAUAAUGAUUCAUACUGGAGAGAAGCCUUACACGUGCCAACAGUGUGGAAAAGGUUUCAAAUGUAAAGAUCGCCUUAAUCUGCACACAAGAGUUCACACCGGAGAGAAGCCUUACACGUGCCAACAGUGUGGAAAGAGUUUCACAGAUAAAGGAAGCCUUAAUAAGCACACAAGAGUUCAUACUGGAGAGAAGCCUUAUACGUGUCAACAGUGUGGAAAGAGUUUUGCACGUAAAGAACGUCUUCAUGUACACACAAGAGUUCACACUGGAGAGAAGCCUUACACAUGUCAACAGUGUGGGAAAAGUUUCAAACGUAAAGAACGCUUAAAUCUGCACACAAGAUUUCACACAAAGCCUCACACAUGCCAACUGUGUGGAAAAGAUUUUGUAUAUGCAGCUAGUCUCAAAUAUCAUCUUCGAAGUCACUCUGGAGAAAGGCCAUUUAAGUGUGAUAAAUGUGAUAAAACAUUUGUUGUGGAAUCAGUCCUAAAAAAACAUCUGAAAAUGCACACAAACGAGAAGCCUUACAAUUGUUCUUUUUGUGGAAAGAGUUUUGCACAUCCUUCUUAUUUUAAACAGCACCAGAAAAUACAUUACGGUGCCGAGGUUAAUAAGUGCUCUGAAUGUGGGAGGACCUUUACUACAGCCGGCCACUUGAAAGAGCACCAAAGAAUUCAUACUGCAGAGAAACCUUUUAUGUGCUCAUACUGUGGAAAGACUUUCAAUAAGUCCCAUGGCCUGAAAAAACAUGAGAGGAUUCACACCGGAGAGAAACCAUACGAGUGCUCACACUGUGGAAAGAGUUUCACUCUGUCACAAAACAUGAAAGUACAUGAGAGAAUCCAUACUGGAGAAAAACCUUACCAUUGCUCUUCAUGUGGAAAAGGUUUCAACCGAUCAGGUCAUCUACAGCAACAUGUCAAACAUAAUUGCCCAACUAGUCACAGUGACCAAGAAUCAUCUUCAGGUCCAACGAUAUCAAGCAAAUAGUUUGAUAUUUAGAGAAACUCAAAGAUGGAAUUUCUCCCAAAAGUGCAGCAUCAUCUAAAGUCUCGGGGAUACUUUGUUUUUCUGUGUUCCAGAUCUCCUUGCACAUGGUCGAGCACUCAGCCAUUCAAUGCAUACUCUUUUGAACACAACCAAUCACAAAUGUGUUUGAUGCAUGUACACCAUGACUACUUUGUGAUAGUCUUUUAGUACAGUCAACAGCAGGUGCAUGCGCCAAUGAUGCGUACAGACUGAGUGUCGAGAAAAUAUGGGCAGCACAUGGACCAUCCGCGCAGACUGUGCUGAUGGCAAAAAGUGCUUUAUGCAUACUGUGUGUGUUACGAUCCGCAAUGCAGACCGCCAAAGUGUACUUUACUCUUCAGGCCCCCUUUACACCUGGUAUUAUUAACUUGCGUUUUAUUGUGUCUGGAUAUUCUUUAGCUGGAUUGCAUUUGCACCUCGCAGUCACAUGCGCUAGUUUAAGUAAAGGUUUUCUCAAGCUAGCUGUCCACUCUUGCUUCUCCUUUGUUUAAAUAAUUGUUUCUUAAAUUAUGGCUUGUGUGGCCAUAAAUGUUGUCGCAAUGUGUUUAAUUAAAUGUGCAAUUAUUUUCACUCUGUUUAGUCUGUUCUUCCACGCAGUUUCCACUAAUAUUUAAUGAAACGGUGCUAUAGAAAGUGUCUCUGCUCUUUUCUAAUGAUGAUAUCACUCCACAUUUCAUUACGCACGCUCCACAGCAGAGAAAUGACAUCUAUCUUCUUUAUAAGGUGAUAUUAAUGUGGGGAACUGUCACUCAGUUUGUCACUCUCACUCGCUGAUGUGACCAUGUAUACCCAUCAUACUGAAAGACAAAUUCAGUAAUGCAUUUGUUUUUUUGGUUAUUGUUAGAAACUUUUAUUCUAUUUUGAAUUAAGUUUUCUCUGGUCCCCUAAUUAGUUGUUUGCUUCAGUCUUCAUGCGUUGCCUUGCACCUCUAAACCUCGAGGGAAGAGGAAUGACAGACAGCAAGUGCUUCAGUUCAUUCUCCUACUUUAUUCUAUUAAGUCUAGGGUUUAUAUACAGUCUAAGUUGGUCAGUGCCUAUGUCAAUGAAAAGAUAAGAGAAAUGAUGUGAUCUUAAAACAAACAACUAGAAGACAGAUGAGUCUUUGACAGUUACAAAGGUCAGUCCACUUCUGUAUAUCUGCACAAGGGAACUGACCAUUGACCUUAAGGAAACAGAGUAUUCAGCUAAAAAGGUUGCACACAUUGAAAAUGAUUAGACAUGAAGAUUUUAUAUCAAGUCAAGU